AUGAAGAAAGUUAAGGCUAGUAGUUUUUCACUAUCUUUUGUGAACUAUGGAUGCUGAGUGGAGCCCCUCUUGCUUUAAUGGGGAAAUUAGGGGGGAUGGGGAAAAAGGGAAUCCACCAGUCAACAACGGCUAGUGAAACAAAUAAACUAGCGUUAAGAAAGAGAACGAGAAACAGAAAAAGAGCACGACGAAAAGCGGACAGGAAGUAGAAGAGGCUGCUCGUGCUCAACAUCUUGAAGAGAUGGACGAAGAUGAAACAGAUAACGCAACCGGAGAAAAACUCUUAGAUGAAGAGGAUAACACGUCUGAUGCAGCAGAAGUUGAAGUUGCUGAGGGUGAUCCUGCUGUAGUAGGAAAAAGCGAGAACAAUACCACGACUUCCGGAUCAUCCUCUUCCUGCUCUUCCUCUUCAUCUCAAUAUACUAGUACAGCUGCUAGUUGUGUCUACUCCGAGGACUACAACAGGACCAAUAUUCAGAUAAAUCAUGAACCGAACAACAACAACCAGCCAGCACUUGUUGUGUCAUCUCCCGCACCUUCUCCUUCUACAUCUUCGAGUGAGAGUAAGAUUGUCAAGGGCCGCACACGGAGUCGGAUUCUCGGCAACACCUCUCUUCCGUUUGGUGACUCGGGGGAAACAACGCCAUCCUCGAACAUAGUUAGACCGAGUCGGGAGUCACCACUGAAGAAGGAGCAGGAAAUGAAAGUUGAGGAACGACAUGCCAACUACAAGGACCAGAAUAGAGACACAACUACGAGAGUUGAAACAAAGGCGUCGCGCGAUGUUGAUAAAGAGGACAGGGGAGGUGAAGCUGGAUUCAAUGUACAAGCAGAUUCCAAAAGGGUAGAGCCCCAAGAUGAUGGUUCCAAGGCAGGUUUAGUUGGUAGGAAUGGACAGGAGAAAACUCAGAUGAAAGAGACUGUCGCCGGUGAGCAGCCAGAGUCGUCAUCAAGUUCAAGUGGUCCGGUGCGACGACAGGGAAGAAGCACUCUUGUGUCGUCAAGUACAAGUAGUAGGACCAUUAUCGACGCUGCAUCUCUAACGACAACACGAAAAACGAGCAUCACCGCUGUGACCCGCAAACAGUCAAGUUCGAUCUUGCCGCCAGGAGCAGCUGGUGUGCCACCGAGUAGCAGGCCAAAGAGCAAGGGCGAAGACCAGCCUGCAUCUUCUUCUUCUGCUUCAGGUUCUACUUCAUCUGGUCUCCUAGUAGGUGGAUCUUCCUCAACGUCCAUGUCAGCACAAGUUGCAGGGACAAAACCAAAAGUGCAAGAGUCCAGUGGAGGAUCUUCAUCUUCUUCAUCUUCAGGCACAGUUGCAGGCAAUAGACAAGGUGGCACUGCUGGCACAAUGGGCGCUACUGCUGCGCAACCAGAUGGUGAUGGUCCUACUAGUGCAACCAACAAAAACGAUUUGAGCAAGCGUCCUGCAUGGGGAGUAGGUCGGCCAAAGCCGAAAGUGGUCGUCGAACCUGGGCAAAAGAAAGCAAGAACGAGGAAGACAGCAGCCGAGAUUCGGCGAGCCGCGAUGGCUGCUGCCGGCGUGCCCUCUUCGCCCAAUGUUAAGGCUACCGCCCCUGAAGCAUUCUCAGCACCAUCCUUGGUCUCUGUUCCAAGGAGGUGGGAAUGGGCUCAGGGAUGCACCCAGGGAUGCGACGCGGUAGCUCUAAGAAUGGCAGUGAGGGCAGUCGCGGGAGCAAGAAGAACGCGAAGAAGACCGUGUAUCAGAGAUAUCUCAUAAUUUCGGAAACGGUUUCGCAGCUGUAUCGCCAGCAAUUCCAGCGACUGUACGAGCGCAAGAGCUCGACGACCACAGCCUCUUCGAGUACUGCAGCAGCCACUGUUGCGGGAGUUGGGGGAAGCAAGAAAGACAAAGAUAUCUCCUCCGGAGGUUCAGGAGACAACGGCACUGCUGUCUCCGCCCAGCACGACGCCGCAACAGUUCCUCCAGAGACAACUUCAGGCGGAGACCCAGCACAGCAGCGCCGCAAGAAGGGAGGCGAGCAAAACUCUGCUGGGGAUGCCGAACUACAUGGUCGAAGCAAAUCGGGUUCAUCAGGUCCGGCAAAUAUAGCCGGUGACCACGCAGGCUCUGGAAAAAUUCCGGCAGCAGACGAUUCGGAUACUGUCAUGGGUGAUGCUGGUGGUGGCGCUUCAGAUACGUCCGGUACCGCAGCUGGCAGCAAGUCAGCGCCUGCAGUUCCCGGCAACGCGGCGCGCAGGGCAGUGACACGCAUUAAGGAGCUACGGGCAAUGCGAGAUAUGCGCGCUGGCGCGCUUCUCCGGGAACCUGUUUGGCCUGCGGUUGAUAUGUCCUCGGGAGAUCAUUAUGCUCAACAGUCUGGAAGAAAUGACGCUUUCGCUAGUAAGAUGGAUGGAGAGGAGCAAUUCCAGCAAAUGCAGGUCAAGGGCGACCAACACCAUCUACAGCAGAUUUUGUGGGAGCAAGAACAGCAACAGCAGAAUUACCAGUUGUAUAGAACUGCGGAAGCAGGCUACCACCAUAUGUCUGCAGGGACCGCAGAGCAGAUGAUGAGUGCCGCCUACUAUGUAGUUCCAAGUAACCCUUCAGGAGCCCCAGUAUUAAGGCACAGAAAAACCCAACCCUUUACACAGCCCAUUCUUCUCAUUCCCCUUCUACACAAGGGGAAUCCAUACUGGGUUGCUGGCGUAAGGUUGGGCUUUUCUCUUCCCUAACAGUACUAGGAGGCGCAGGUGCUGCUGGAGGAAUACGAGGCACAUCCGAGACCGAAGCAAGGGCAGCUUUGAUAAGUAUCUCCAGUAUUUCAGGUUCGUCUCCAGCGGCAGGUGGUCCUGGUCCUGGCUCUCAUACAACUAGGACAACUGGAGAAGGAGCAAGGCCUCGAAGUGGUCGAGGAGUCGAAACAACUUUUCGAAGUGUGAGUGCUUUCGCAGAUAGCAUGUUCACAGCGGGUUUGGUUCGACGCAUGCAGGAGGACCCUUCACAACAUCAAGACUCUACUAGUACUUCUGUAACUGUAGACGAGUACAGCACUAACACAGGAUUACUUAAGGCUUCAAGAUAUCCGUUUUGGCCAGCAUUUUGGGCGGGCCCGUUUCUAUUAUAAUGGAAGAGAUGAACGGGCACCACCGCCAGGGUGCUCCACACGAUGGAUUUCUCCUGGCUCCAAAUUAUCAAAUGGCGGUGAAGUCGGAGAUAUCAAUAUUGCCCAGGCAACUAGCAGCUACGCAGUGCCGGCAAUGGCAUCUUGUUCGUCGGACGAAGAGGUACUAAAGGCGCAGGCAGGAGGACGUCGUGAUCGGAUUGACAGUACAACUACUUCAUCUGCACUAGAUCAUACUACGAAGUCGCCGUGUAAUAUUUUAGAGGUCGUGGCUGAAGGGUUACGUGUAGGUGGAAAGCGGCCUUCGGAGCAGAGCAUUAACAACUCUACUACAGCAACUGUUGUAGCGCGUAGCAACACAACGGAGGAUCGCGCCAGAAGUAGGACAAACUCAGGAACGAGGAGGACAACCAGUGCUGGAGGUGGUGAGGUAGUAAAACAUCAAUAUUAUGGCUCAAUACGAUUCAUUUCCACUUGUACAACAGGCCAUUUUUUUAGUUUCCUUCGACGUAGGAUUGGGAAAAAUAAUACAGGCAAAAACCAAAAGUAAAUUGGAAUUGUGAAUGGUUCUGGUAUUUGGUAACCUGAAAAAUUGGAUUACAAGGAUUCUCUUCUUGUUUUCCUUAUGAUCGAAAUCAGGUUACCAAAUACCUCGAGAGCCAUGCAAAUUGCUUUUCGCACUAACAGUACCCCCCUGCUCCAGCGCUUGCUCCAGUGGAGGACAGUGGUAUUGCUUCGAUGAUAAUCUUAAGGGUAGGUUCCUGUUGCCGUUUGUUUUGCCUCUCCUAAGGGAGAUACGGGACAGAGAACAAACGGGAAACAGAAACACCAACGCCCUACCUCCAAUAAUCGGGAACAAGCCAGCUCUUGCAAACAAAGUUGCACGAGACGGAACGUCGAUGCCGGGAAAUAAUUUCUAUAGUCCUCAAAAGCAUAUCGGACAGCCGCAGCCCGAGCACGUUAUGAGUCGUGGUGGGCGUGAGGAGCAGCUCUUCAGAUUAAGGCUACUUACAAGAGAUCCAUCUUCCCCAGCAGCAUCUCGCUCCCAUUUUUGAAGGAAAAACUGGAACCAAUAUGAAUCCGACGAUGGAUUUCUCUCAACAGUUCUAAUCAGAGUACAGGAGGAGAUGAGAACAAUUUCUUCCACUCCACCUGCUCGAAAAAAUUAUACUAGCACUACGUCCAGCACGUUUGCAGCUAAUUCAUCGUCUUCAUCCAGCAGUACGACUGGUGGUACUAGUGCAACAGGACGAGGCCCUCCAGGUCCAUCGUCUUCUAGUGCGAGUAACUCAAAUUCUGUCCAGGAGCAAGAACAAGCUAGUAGAACUCCACGAGUAAGGGCAGGAAGUUUGCCAUACACAAGUGCGCAGCUUCAGGCGAGUCGCAACGUUGACCAAAACACAGGGCCACCGAAAAAGGACUCCGUAAAUUUAAGGCGAAGCAGAUUUAUUUUGGCGUAUUAGUUAUCCUCGUUUGAUGUGAUCUUGUCGUGCAGGUUCCCUCACCUUCCGGUUUCUUAAUUACUUAGGAAAUCACUGAGGCUAGUAUAGCUGUAGUGAAGAGGAUAAAGAUGUUGGCAUGAGAAGAUGUUGAUAUUUAUGAGGUAGGCGACACGUGUUCUUGGGUUUUCGUUCAUUAGGGUUUCAGACCUCUAUUUCAUCUCUCUUCUUCCGGUGAGUCCUUUGACGCGAGUUUCUGUUCCUCCUUAGGGGCGCUAUUCUUCGUCUCUCUUCCCCUCGCUAUAGUGAAGAGGAUGAUGAUGUUGAUAUGAGUAGAAGCUCGUCAAGCUCUUGCCGCGUUGUAGCCCGUUUUCUACGGGCUUAGGAUUAGGGCAGCAAUUUACAGAUGAACAGGGGACACAGCAAAAGCUAACAAGAUGACCAAAACAAAUUUUCGAUUAGUCAAUUUCUAAACAGCGUCCGCCACCUGCCUCAAAGCCUUCGCACGCUCCACGCGCGUGGUCAAAAACGCCAUACCAGACAGCAUUCUGCUGGAAACGUGCUUGCGGACCAAGUAGUCACAGGGGUACAUUUUGAAUUUCAAUUUGAUUGAUAAAGAAACACAACAGGCGUAUUUGCUUGAUCUUGAGCAACUACAUAUAAUCAAUUUAAUGAACCGUUCGUCCUUUGAUUGAUUAACCAGCUCUUUGCUCACAACGAUGUUUUCCAUCCCGGAUCUGACGACCUGUGCUGUGUAACAAGAGUAGGACCACUGGGCUGUAUGACACGACUCAGGUUCAACAGCGACUGGAGGGUUAUGCUGUCGCGGGUGACACAGAGAAUUCGAACUCUGUGGGGGAGCAGGGUUUGAGUAGUGCGCCGCUCUCGGUACCGUGUUUGCAGCCAGAUAAUUAUGUUGAACGCUGUUUCGCGAACAAACGAGCUUUCGAUAUUAGAAUUGCAAAAUAAGUAAUCAGACUAGAUUUAGUCAGGCAUGAAAAUCAAGAGAAUUUUGAAUUUCGAUUUAUACAUAUUCAUCUCGAGGUCGAGGGUCAUCUCCUGUUACCUUAAGUUGAGCAUGGUAUCAUACACAGGAUAGUUAUCCUUUGUUCCUCAUCCUCUUGUUUCUAAUUUUCUAUGGGGUUUCCUGUCUUCCUCCGAGCGGGACCGAGCACAACGAAUGGACUCUGUUGGGGUGGGGAGUCCUCUUCGGGUAGGGCCACAAUGCGCAGCAACGAUGUUGUAGUAGAUGGUUUAACCGUGCAUGAGUGGAAUCCUGAAUCCUCGAACUCAUAUCCUGUAAACGCAACGAAACGAAAACCGAUACCAGUCAGCCUACAGGUUCGCGGAGCUCAGUUUGGGAGCCAUCUUCUGGGAAAGAAAUAAGAAAAAAUUUAUGCACGACGGACCUUCUAUGUAUUACUUCAUAGUACUGACAAUCAGUAUUCAAAUGUUGGCUUGUAUCCCGGUUCAUCCUGAAAUUAAAUUCAUAUACUACUAGAACUAGAAGUGAAUGUGCUGCUGGUUUCAAGCCUAGCUACUCCUGUGGUUCUUUCUCCCUAUCGCUCCAAUGCAGAGCUCUUGGGCUGGCCUAGGCUUGGACAAGAAUGAAAAAGAGAUCAAGCCAAGAGCAAGGUGGGCAGCGAGUCCUUUCUUUUCUGGCUUGCCGUUAAUCAAAACCGGCGCAAUUUUCCAUGUUGUUCAGGUUCGUUGUGUUUAUAGAUACGUACUGAAAAUUCUUUCAGUCGGAGCAUUCAGAAGUUUGAUUCAAGGAGUGGAUGCGAUCGCAGCCAGAACAUCAGGAUCAACGCAACGUACUUAGAAGUUAGACGUCGAUAAGGAAACGAAAUACGUCCGCGAACAGCCAAUAGGUUGAUCAGCAAUUCUUUUUUGUAGUUUCAUUUAUUUUCUUCGUCGUACGUUGCAGCUGCAGGUAUAAUGCUCGAGAGCAGCUUUGCAAAAUGAAGGGCAAGGUUUUUCCGUUGUACAGGUUUGAUCUUCAAAGACAGUAAAAGACACGAAGGCUUUCGCGUAAGUAGACAGAGUGACUCAGUCACGUUGAGAAAGAAAUUGCACAGCGCGUUGUGGACUAAUGAAUGUUGCAGUCCGCUUGAUGAACCAGCACAUAUCUAUUGUUUAUGAAGUAGUAUGCUUAUGCUUUGCCCUUAUACAGGUCAAAGGUCAAAACACGAACAUCAAGAAGAAGAAAUUGUUAGCAAGAAUUAUCAAACAAUCUAUUUUCAAGCUCAGUACCUUCGAAUAGAUGAAUUUGUGUAUCUACAGGUCAUCAAAUUGAUGACUUUAGAAUUAGAGUGCUUUUGCGAUAAAUUUAAAAUCUGUUUAUUUUCACCUCACGGACUCCUGCGCAUCGGCCCGCAAGUUGUCG